UUGCUGGAGUGAUGUUCCAACAGCAUCAGGAUGUCACUAAAAGCUGUCUGUAUUUGGUUGUAGGUUGGAUAUCUUGAUAUGCAGCUUGCUGUCUUACUGGAGCAUGGUGGAGCUUGCAUGAUCACUUCUUGCCUGAGGUCUUCUGGUUCUCUUGCUGAGCAAAACUGUUACUGGAUGCCUGUUAACAGAAGAGUGUCAAAUCAUAGCACUUCAUAAGGGGCCUUUGGGUAUCAUAGAUGUUCCUGUCAUCAGCACAUCAUGGUAGAUGUAAUAGAGAAAGAGAUGGAUAACCCCACGUUUAAAAGUGACACUGUGCUUUCUGAUGUUCACUUACACUGUCCAAACAAAAGACAUCUCAUGGUACGAUUAAAUGCAGUUGGACAACCAGUAUUUCUGUCCUAUUUCAAACUCCUUUGGGACACAGAUUUGGCAUCUGAGAAACGCGAGAGAGAAGCUACAAUAGAAAGAGAGCAUCAGGACAGAAGUGGAGAUGAGCUGUGUGACAAGGAGGGAAAUAAUCUAAGAGAAUUAAAUAGUGAAGUAGAAGCUCUGCUAGAUGAUGAUGGAGACUUGGAAGUGGUCAGAAGACCUCGAAGUGCCUCUGAUUUAGAAGCAGAUCUUUUGAGGGAUAGAGUGUGUCCUGUAAUUCUAAUGAAAGGGGAAGAAGAUGCUUUUGAAGAUGAAGAACAAAAAUGCACUUGCAGUGAUGCUGUUAAAAUAGAACACACCAUGGCAACGCCCUUAGAAGAUGUUGGUAAACAAGUCUGGCGUGCAGCCUUUCUUCUUGCUGAUUACAUUGUGUUUAAACGAGACGUGUUUAGGCGUUGCUCGGUGCUAGAGCUUGGAGGUGGCACUGGAAUCACAAGCAUUAUCAUGGGAACAGUUGCCAAGAGAGUGUAUUGCACAGAUGUUGGUGAAGAUCUUCUGGCCAUGUGUGAGCAAAAUGUUGCAUUAAACAAACACCUGAUGGAACUGGGAAGAGGAGAAGUCAAAGUAAAAGAGCUGGACUGGCUGAAAGAUGAAUUCUGCACUGAUCCUGAAGCUCCUUACAGCUGGUCUGAGGAAGAGAUUGCUGAUUUGCAUGACCACUGUACUGUGAUAAUGGCAGCUGAUGUGUUCUAUGAUGAUGACCUGACAGAUGCCUUGUUCAGAACGCUGUAUAGAAUCACACACAACUUGAGAAAUUCUUGCACAGUUUACCUAGCACUGGAAAAGAGGCUGAACUUCACUUUAAGACAUAUGGAUGUUACAUGUGAAGCCUACAGUCAUUUUAGAAAUACUCUAAAUGAUUUGGAGAACCUCCAGGACAGCAGAAUUAAAUACAGUGUGGAGCCCAUUAAGGUUGAUUUCUGCCAGGCUCUCGUUUAUGAACGAAUUGAGCAGUUGGAAUUGUGGAAGAUCACUGCUGAACAGCUAACAUGACAGGGACAUGAGAAAAUAGAAGAUGUUUAUCUAAGGAUAGAGGCUUUUUUGGUGGUUUAUUGAAAAGGAUUUUCAUCCCCAGAAAAGCAUUUUCCUGGUGGAACUGUGUUCUCAGCAUUGCUGUACAGAUUUGCUUUACUUCAGUAAGUUUGGUGAUUUAUGAAACUGUGUUCUGGGGACACAGAAUCACAGAAUGUUAGAGGUUGGAAGG